GGCCGUUAAAGCCAACGUCAGCGGCUGCGGUGAGGGGAACCGAGAGCGCUGGGGGAACCGGGUCGCUCUCAUGAAAACGCCGCCAGGACGGGGGAAAGAAAACGAACUCUGGAGUGAGACAGGUGUUGUGAAGAGGCCAUUUCUUCAUCUAUGUGAGGCCUUCUGAGGACUGAGCAGGCGAUCCGAGCACUAUGGACACCUACGGGUUUACGAGUCCGGUUCUGAGCGAGGACCGCUCUGUCAUGGGCCGCAUGCAGAAGAAAUUCUGGAAGACGAAGCAGGUUUUGAUCAAGGCGACGGGAAAGAAGGAGGACGAGCACGUGGUGGCGUCGGACGCGGAUCUGGACGCAAAGCUGGAGUUUUUUCGUUCGAUACAGACCACCUGCACGGAGCUCUUGAGGGACAUCGAAAAAUACCAGCAAAGGAUCACACGCCUGUCUCAGGAGGAGAACGAGCUCGGACUGUUCCUUCGCUUCCAGGCGGAGCACGACAAAACCAAAGCAGGAAGCAUGAUGGACGCCACCAGCAAGGCCCUGUGCACCUCCGCCAAACAGAGGUUGGUUCUUUGUCCCCCGCUGCAGCGGAUGGAGCAGGAGGUGGAGACGUUUCGGAGGAGGGCCAUCGCCGACACGCUGCUGACCGUCAGCCGCAUGGAGAAGGCGAGGACCGAGUACCGCGGCGCUCUUCUCUGGAUGAAGGACGUCUCGCAGGAGCUGGACCCCGACACCUACAAACAGCUGGAAAAGUUCCGCAAGGUGCAGGCACAGGUGAGGGGAACGAAGGUGCAGUUCGAUAAGCUGAAGAACGAUGUGUGUCAGAAGGUGGACAUGCUGGGGGCGAGUCGGUGCAACAUGCUCUCUCAUUCCCUUUGCACGUACCAGACUACCCUCCUGCAGUUCUGGGAGAAAACGGCGAACAUCAUGUCUGGCAUCCACGACUCCUUUAAGGGAUACGUCCCGUACAACUUCACCACCCUGAAGGAGUUGAGGGACCCGCUGGAGCACCUUUCUGAUGGUCUAUCACUGGAGGACGACAAAGAUGAAGAAAAGCAAAGGAACGCAGACAAACUAGUCUCACUAGAGGAGGAGGAGACGGGAAAAUCUGCGCUUGAGGCUGGUUCUCUUGCUGGAGUUGAUCAGGACCGAGCCUCCUUCCCAGCCAGUUUAGACUCGGCUUUGUUUGAGCUCUCACGCCCCGUCAGCAACAUCACUACACACGAUGACCUCUUACUCAUGACCCCCGACCCCAACCAGAGUCGUGCCGUGGUCCCAUUCCUACCGAUACCACAUCCUCAGAGCCACCCAGAGUCUGCACUGCCCCCUGCUGUCCAGUGGGACGAGUCUCAGGGGCAGAGCACGGAGUCCUUUGUCACUAUACCACUGUCUGAAAAGGCCGGCGCAGAUUUGCUCUCGGGUCUCGCGCCGCACUUCGGCGCGGAGGAGGAGGAAGGAGAGCGAGGUGAUCUGUCCUUCCUGCAGGACCUGCUGAGCCCAGGGGCCUCGAGCGGAACAGACGAAUUCAGCAAGGCGUGGCAGGACGCUUUCGGCUGCUUCGAGGCCCCCCCGAGCGCCCCCUGUACCACACAAGGCUCUUUUCCUGCGGCGCCACCGAGCACCGUCACCACCAGCGCCGCUGCGCCCCGCUCUCCCUCACAGCCUCCGAGUCCCACCGGCUUCCUGCCUUCACAGCUCCUCGACCACGGCCUCAGCACCACUGGAUGGAUGACUCCGCCCAUGUUUCAAACCGCUCCCCUUCAAGCCACGCCCACUUCCGGUCAGGCCCCGGCUCCGCAGCACAGCCCCAGGACGCUGGAUAACGCUCCCAAAGGUGGAGGUCGGGACAUGUCCGCAUGGUUUAACCUUUUCGCCGACCUGGACCCGCUUUCCAACCCCGAUGCUAUCGGGCGAAGCGAUGAAGAGCUGCUCAAUGCCUGAGGAUUUGUUCCCUCAGUUCCUGUACAGAAGAAAAAGAAAACACUAGAGCUGGAUAUUCUUUGUGCUGAGUCUCACUGAGCCAAGGAUAGAUCCAGGAAACAUGGAUCGCCUGUUAUCUCAAUGCGUGUGUGUGUGUGCGCGCUGUACAUUUCUUUAGCAACGUGUGUUUACUUUUUUUUUUUUUUUUUCUAUGUUUUUUUCCUCGACAGAAGAUUGGACUAUUUAUAUGUUGUGUAUGAAUCUAGUGAUGAUGAUGAUGCCUCCAAGGGAGAUGAAGGUUUUCAGGAUUGUGUUUCUACACUGGAUCUGUGAAGUUUCACGCGACAGCAAGCGUUCACACACUGGAAGUCGCGCAAGACAUGUUUACCCGAAUCAGAAACGUGUAUUUAAAAAAAAAAAAAACUUUCACUGAUUGUUUAAGCCGUCUGUCCGAAUGCUACACUCGCAACGUUAUACACCAUUACAUAAAAAAAUAAAUGAAUAAAACUUAUAAAUUUAUUAAAGAAAAAAAGAUCCCUUAAACUAGAAUCAGGGGUUUUGAUGAGUAUCACAAGCCACAGCAAUGUUGUGAAAUAUUUAUUUCGGCGUAAUAUUUAAUCACAAAUUCAUUUUGGAAAUGAAAAAACUAAUCUCAGAUCUCAUUUAUAGCUUUAAGGAAAAGAUCUAUAACAGCAAAUAUAUAUUAAAAUGUAUGUAUAAUUACUCACGUGGCGUUGCGCAACAUCUGCUUAAAAAAUGAGAGUUUAUAUUUAUUAAUCCUCUAAAGUCUAAUAACCUGCUGUAAUGUCGAAGAGGUUUAAGGGGUUAACUGGCUGUAAAGUGUGUGUGUGUGAAAUUUUGUAUUAUAUCUCACUUUGGUAUUCACCGCAACAGAUCUGUGCAUUCUAUGCAGCCAAGUGCAAAAGUUUGUGUCCCCUAAAUUACUUUUUGCUGUUUUUUUAUUUUUUUUUUCCCCCCUAUAAAUGUCGCACAGUAUUAGUGUACAAUGUUAUUUGGGAGACGGGGGUGAAGGAAGUUCAAAAGUUUGCAUCCCCCCUUUUAAAAGCAAUGCAUGUGUUCUCUCCUCUCUUAUUCUUUAACAUUUUUUUUUCUUCUUUUUAGUAGUUACAGAUGAUAGAACUGGAACAUGGCAACAGAAAAGCAUCAUGAAUUUCGAGUCCAUGAGAGAGUUAUCAGUAACGAUGUUACCUGUGAUGUCUGCGUGGAAAGGAUUACGGAUUUUUGUCUGUCACCUGUCAGUCUGAGCCGCGCCGACAAAGCUCGUGCAUGUAGAAAAGGCAGAUAGCGUUGUUGUUU